AUGAACUCUCGUGGUGCUCGCGAAAGGGAGAGUCUCAACUCAUCUAUUCGCUCCUCAUUCGCCCCCCGUAUCCCGGCAGAGUUCAAUUUGCCAGAGACGGUCGCACACUCUGUCGACGAGUCUACCCAUGUCACUAACGAAUCGAAUACUGACUCAGGCGCGGUAAACCGCCCGGCAAGUCCAUACACGCUAUAUCCUCCUAUCGAUUUUGACGGACUGAGCUGGCCCUGCCCCGGCACAAGGGCGCGGUUGGAGUCUUCGCCCGAGGAAACGGAGGAACGAGUUCAAAAAUUGGCAGGUGCAGUGAGAACCAUUCUGGAGUGCAUUGGAGAGGAUCCAGAAAGAGAAGGUUUGCGGGAGACCCCAGAGAGAUAUGCGAAAGCCAUGCUCUACUUCACCAAAGGCUACGAGGAGAAUGUCAGGGAUCUAGUCAAUGGCGCAGUCUUCCACGAGGACCACGAUGAGUUAGUUAUUGUCAAGGACAUCGAGGUCUUCUCUCUAUGUGAACACCACAUGGUUCCCUUUAUGGGAAAGAUGCAUAUCGGCUAUAUCCCUAAUCGCCGUGUUCUUGGUCUUUCGAAAUUGGCGCGCCUGGCGGAAAUGUUCUCUCGGCGGCUACAGGUGCAGGAGCGCCUUACAAAACAAGUUGCGCUCGCCAUAUCGGAGGUCUUGAAGCCAUUAGGUGUCGGUGUCGUCAUGGAGUCCUCGCACCUCUGUAUGGUGAUGCGCGGUGUGCAAAAAACGAGCAGCACCACCACAACGAGCUGCAUGUUGGGAUGCAUGCGAUCUAGCGCAAAGACCAGAGAGGAAUUUUUGACUCUUUUGCACCGGAGAUAA